UGCAUUCCGAUGCUGAACCCUACAUACAGGGUGGUCCACAUAAAGUGUUAUAAGCAGUUUGUUUGGAAAUUAUUAAAGACAGUGACAAAGCUCUUGCUUAUUUGAAAAUUCCUGUGACUCUAUGGGAUAAAUAGGAUAUUACUGUUGGACCCUGCAGAACGACAGAGAGCAGCGACUUAUUUUUUAACCCCAGAUAAACGUCACAAUCGACGAAAUAUUUCUGCGUACGACUGUACAAGGUCGUUCCAAGUUCCAUGAAUGGUUCCAUCGAAUGGCACGCCAACGAAACGGCGAUGCUUGUGACUGAACCCAUGACCUACUGGCAGAGAGAGAGAGAGAGAGAGAGACGUGGUGUCUAAACACCGCCGCUGUUCGCUUCGAUUUCCAGAACAGCUCAACUAUUUCUGAAAUUACACCCUCUAGCAUUAUACUGACCUUAUUGACAAAAAGAAGAUCUCCCGCCUUCAUGGGAAGAUCGAAAUGGAAGAAGAAGAUACAGCAAAAAAAAUCGACAGUAAGACAAACUGAAGAGUCGACAAAUAUAAAAGUGCCAAUACAUAAUUUGCCAGAAAAGUUUCUCUGGAUGCAUGUGAAGAGCGGUACAAAGAUCAGGAACGUUCUUGGCUACGCGAUGAAGGAAUUUCCCAGUUACAAUAGUAUUGUCUGGACGGGGACCGGAAGUGGCAUCGCGAAAACAAUUUCUUGUGCAGAAAUCUUUAAGAGAAAAAACGAAGACCUUCAUCAAGUAACAAAAUUACGUUACGUCAGCUCGGAAAAGUCGAAAGAGGAUACCGUUAAGGCUCAUCGGAUACCGGAAGUCCAUAUUUUACUGACUAAGGAUAUUAAAGACACAACUGAACUUGGAUAUCAAGCACCUGGAGAUAAUGGAAGAUUUCUGAAAAAUAAAAAUGCAACGGAAUCAAAAACGACAACUACAACAGAAAGCAUUGAUGACACGAAAAUGGACACUACAGCGGAAAGCACUGGUGAUGUGAAUACGGGCGUUAGAACAGAAAGUACUGGUGAUGUGAAUACGGACAUUAGAAAAAAAAAUACUGAUGAUGUAAAAAUCGACACAACAGAAAGCACUAGUGAUGUAAAAACGGGUAGUACAACAGAAAGUUUAGUAAAGGGUAGUACUGAUGAUGUGCCUUGCAUCGACGAGCAAUCUAGAAUAAUGAAAAAAAAUAAGAAAAGAAAAAAAAACAAGGCGAUAGAAAACGCGGAACUACCCUCGAAGAAAAAAAAACAUCGUGACUAA